UUCGAGAAUGACACCUUUACUCAAAUGAUUUACUUUGAAGUACAAUUUCCUGAUGCUUAAACCGUGACACAUGGAACAUUUGAGCAAACGAUGACACGGAAAAACAACCCAAUGAAAUGUUUUUUAGGUUUCGACGUUUUGAGUGUGAAGUGAAUGUGUGCCAUUCGGUUUGGGGAAUAAUGGUGCUAGCUGUUUCACCAGCUGCGGGAGCGUAACACAGCUAAACUGAAAGAGGAAGUGAGCAUGGUCUUCCUGUAUGGUUCAAUCACCCGAAACCACCAGGAGACCAUUGUCCAGAACCCAAUGAACGGCCCUCGGAUCCACUGGAUCUGGGUCCUUUCCCAGUAUGGAGUAGGAGGGGGUGACUCCGACCUGAUUAAACAGUGUAAUGAGUCAAACCAAAUCACCCAGAGUAGUGUUGACACAGUGUGAAGUUUGCCCAGUUUUUCCUCUUUUUUUUCUUCUGGUCUUUUUGUGGCGGGGGACCGAGAGAGGCUGUGCUCGCCGUGGCACGGAGAGCGGCCAUUCAUUCUGCCACCGCACUCGUCUCGACAUCCCGUAGCACGGGCAAGGACUGACGGUGUGACUGUGGAACGGUUCCAUCGCAAACAUCACAUGGCCGUCACAUCACCGGUGGCCACGGGGCGAUGUGUCACCAGUGGGAUGUCAUCACUCGCCCCCUGCCGGCUGCGAGCUGUUGAUCCUGCACACGCCCGAGGCCCAGGAGUGGGCCGAGUACUUGGACGCCAUCCUCAGGUCCAUGGCGGCGUUCCGCGACGGCGCCAUCCGGUCCUACGCCGUCUCGCCGGGGGACCGUCCCGCCGGCUACGACCUGGAGCGCUUCCACCGGAGCCAGUGCGUGGUGCUGCUGCUGACCGCCGCCCUGCUGGACCUGCUGGGGGACGAGGACCUGCUCUGGGCCCUGGAGCGCCUCCUGCAGCCCCCCCGCCGCGUGGUGGUGCUGCUGUGCGGCGUGGCCGAGGAGCUGGUGCCCGAGGGGAGCUUCCUCCACUGGGAGGACUGGAGCAAGCUGCACAGCGACGACGAGCCCGCCGUCUACAUCCAGACCGUCCUGGCGGCCAUGGAGGACGACCAACAAGAAGAGGUCUACGGUGAGAGGGAGGCAACAACAGAAGCAUCCGACGAGGUGUGCGCUCAGACCGCCAGCGAGGUCGCAGAGGAGACUGAAGCUGAGGAGUAUCUGUCAGCAGAAGAAGGAGAACCAGUACCAGAACCAGAACCAGAACCAGAACCUGAAGAAGAACCAGAACCAGACCUCAUAGUGGACCCGAGCCCCGGGGAUUCUGCGCAGCCGGAUGAGAGCUCGGUCGUGUGCUCCACGUGCCUCACCGUCCAGCCAAACAGGAUUCCUUGUGGGGAGCGGACAACUCUGUACAUCAUUCUACUGCAUAAAUUGGACAUUGAAACGAAGAUCGAGGUGGUGUUCUCUUCUGAGCAUGGAUCUCCACAGCAUGUUGCAGCGACCAUAGUGAAUGAAUACACAUUAAGUGUUAUAGCACCUGAUAUGCCUCCUGGAGAAGUAUCGCUUUCUUUGCUCGCGAACCAUUCUUCUGUCAGUUUGACGACUGUAACAUACUACACCUACAUGGACGCGGUCAGUCGUCACCUGAAUAAUGCGACUUCUCCAAUUGAGUUCAUCUGCCAGGCAUUCAACAUUACGUGCAAUAAAACCGAAUCAGUGGACAACAUGCUCACUGACAUGUUAAAAUCCAGAAUGCCAUUGGGUGGACUUCAGCUCUUUGGAAUCGAACAGGUGGAAACAGACAAUAUGUCAACAUACCAGCGGAACGAAGACCUUCCCACACUUCUCCAUUUUGCCGCCAAGUACGGCCUGAGGAAGCUGACCACGACUCUCCUUCAUUGUCCCGGAGCGCUGCAGGCCAUCAGUGUCAUGAACAGGCAUGGGGAAUAUCCCAACAAGCUAGCGGAUCGCAGCGGCUUCACCGAUCUCCGGCGGUUCAUGGACGAGUUUGUGCAGACAGCAGACACGGUCAGUUCUGACCCACAGGACGACGACAGCAGUGGAGUAUAUAUGCUGAUGGCUCCCGGCUCAGAAGACAUCCUCACGUGCUCGGAGCAUACGGGGGAGAUCUAUGAGUCCAUGCUGGACAUUAACCCGGAAUGUGCUGAAGACUUGUACGAAGUGAUGACCAAAGAGGACCAGAACCCGGAGGAGGCCAUGCUCAGGACCUUCUUCCUAGCAAAACAAGGGGCGGGCCAAAGGCGAGAGGAGUGGGAACACUGUGAGACCGAGGACACGAAGGACAUCCGGCAGAACGACGCACCCCAACACAAGCAGGAGGAGAGGGAGGAGAAGGAGGAGGAGGAGGAGGAUCUGGAGCAGGAGCAAUACAAUUUAGAGGAUGGCCCCCUAUACAACACCUUUCAAGAGGAUAUCUACCAUAUGGUCGACGACACCGCGACCUAUCACAUCAGAGCAAUCAAUCGACCGCCAGCCCCCAUGCCCCGACCUGAAAGCUCAGUGUCACUGGACAACAAGCCUUACAUCACCAGAGUGUUCUCUGAUCACCAAAUCACUCCCCCAACGAGACCAACGAGGAGAGAGAGACCUGCAGCUGAGCCAGGGACGCAUGCUCCGUGCUCCUCUGCUACUUUUGAUGCGUACAGUGGAAUGAAGACCCCGGGCCAGAGGCAGCUCAUCGCCCUGCAGGAGAGGGUCAAGCUGGAGCUCAUCAGCGUCAACGAGGCGGUCCAGGAGUUCAAGGCAUGGCAGAGAGAGCACGAGCGCUCCAACUCCCUGCGGUGCCAGCAGGAAAAUUUAGAUAAGCUACGUAGGAGCAUCAACAGACGACACAAGGAGAGGAAAAAGACGGGCAAAAGGAAUGUUGAUCUCGAAAUAACAGCCCCGAUCCAGAGCCGUACCGACCCUGAGAUCACCGCUGAAUAUUCUUUGUAUGAUUAUUCCCCCCGGAUGACUGCCCCGCCCCCCCCCGUGUCUCAUUCAAUUCAGAGAGGCAACUGGAAGACCGGGAGCACCUCCAGCACUUCGAGCACGGAGAGUAACAGACUCAGCACGCAUAGCAUCUUGAGCACCAGCAGCGGGACGGAACCAGACUUUGAGGACACCAUGGACAUCCUGCCGCCGCCGCCCCGCCCCCCACGGCCGCACCAUGUGGUCACACGCGUCCCCUCGAGGAGCCCUCCACCCCCGCCUCACCUCCCUCCCCCGGUCCCACAGAGGAAUCAGGAGCCCGUGAUACAUGAGCGCUACAUAUCCUGUCCAACGCGCGCCGUUCCCCGGCGGCCAUCCGCUCCGCCUUUACCUCGCCGCCAGCGGUGAUUCCAGUUCUCCUGUGUUAUCGUCUGUGUUCUUUUUAAUUGUGGUGCUGACUACAGUUUUUUUUUCUGCCGAUAUGCUUCGGUUUAUACGGCGCUCAUGGCGUUGACUGUCAGAGAGAUGAGUUCAUUUUUUUGUACAUUUUAUCCAAUGGUGUGAUCGUGGUGGUUCUUGAUGGUUUGCUUUGAUCGAUAAGUUGUUGAGGGUUGGAAAAACUGUGAUUUUGCACUUUGACGCGAGUGCUUUGGGAUAAAGUACAUGAAUGUUGGACAGUGAGCAGUAAGUGCCACAAAAAACGCAAUACUGCUGCAACAAUAUACUGUGUUGAAUUUAAAAGAUUUAAACGUUCGUAAAUGUUUAAACUUGUUGUAGAUGUAGGGUUUUUGAUGAAAGUCAGUUAUGAAACAUGGAUAAUGUCAUGACAAAGCCGAUUCUAGAGAACAGACAAUUAGCAGAACUGUGGUAGUGACGUAAGUGUCUAGUGCUUACUAUUUCCCCAUUACACUUUUUAUGCCAUUCAUUUUUAGGAAGAGGCGAGUGCAGUCGUCUUGCACAAGGAAUGAUCUGAAUGUACUAUGUGGCCAACCGAAUGAAUGUUUAUUGAUAAAUAUCAUUUGGGUUACGUAAUGCAUAGUUCGUAAUAACUGCUUCCU